AAAUGUGGAAGAACUUGUCCUCAAACUGCUGUUUAUGUGUGUGUGUGUGUGUGUGUGUGUGAGAGAGACCGCUGAAGCGCGAGAAGCAUGAAAAGGAAAAAGCAGAGGACAUGCACGCGCACGCGCGCGCCCACGCACCUGGAACGCGGACAGGUUUGGACAGGCCUCGGGGGCGUGGCCUAUAGUGGAAGAGGGCGUGGUUGCUUUUAUUCUCGGGGGGGAAAAAAAGUAAAGAAAGCAUGCAAGAAGAAAAAGAAACAAAUCUGCACAGCUUUUCCGGAGUUGGCGUGGACAUGUCCAAGUCGCAUGUCGAAGUGUAGCUUUGAACAUCAGGAUGGUGUUUUAAGCAUCUAAAACAAGAUUCUUGUGGAUUCCAAGGAAGUUGAGAAAAAAAAGUGUGUGUGUGUGUGUGUGUGUGUGUGUGUGUGUUAGAAAAGCGUCCAGCACUUAACAUGUGGAGAAGAAGAAGCCUGGAGUCACCAUAAGAAUAAGUAAUCAUGCGUCGCUUUAGUUCAGAAGGCUCACUCCUGGACCUGGACAUCUUUCCCUGGAAGAAUGAGUCACGGAAGGAUGGCCAGUCUCGUAGAGUGGAAAGACCGGGUGCCUAUAUGACCAUGCCAUGCCAGGGGAACACAGCGGAUCACGGAACAGUGUCUUUGCCUGCGACGCCGGCCGCUUUGCAAGAGCCAGCGAGCAGACCUGCAAAAGAGCUCUCCAGGGUAGACAGUUACAGUGUGGAGGAUUUUUCCGAACUAGACGUAGCACCCGGUUUGCUCAAGGUCACCAGUCUCAACGAAAGCUUCAGGGCGUACAGCGACAGUCAGCUGGCACCACGCUCCAUCAGCAGCGAGGGGAGUGUCGAGAAGGACGACAGCCAGUCUCCGUGUCCGGCGUCUUCGCCGACGCUCAAUGCCUUCUGCUUUAACGCAGGAGGAGGAAUGCAUCAGAACCGGCACCAUGUCCGGGCCAAGCUGUCGGCUGCUAAAUUACAACUAAAGAGUCUAUUUGGGCAGAGCCCACACGCAUCCACUUGCAAUCCCAAUCUCACUGUAACGGAAACACAGGAGCAGGAAAGCAGUGCCAAACAGCGGCGAUCCCGCUUCACGAAGCAGUGGAGUCAGGUGGGUCAUGCGAAGACCCGUCUCAGCAGGACGGAGUUGGAGAAAUGGGCGGAGUCGCUCGACGUCAUUCUUAACAGCAGAGUGGCCCUAUCAGUGUUUGGCGCAUUCCUGCGUUCGGAGUUCAGCGAGGAAAACCUGCAGUUCUACAUGGCCUGUGAGCAGUACAGACAUUCAUCCAACAACUUCAGCCUGGGCCGACGUGCCAGAGAUAUCACUGCCACCUACAUACAGCCUGGUGCACCUCGUGAGGUAAACCUGGACAGUAAGACUCGAGACUUCACACUGCAGCUGCUGAAAGCUCCAUCUCACAACUCCUUGUGCCAUGCUCAGAAACGCAUCCGUGCCCUACUGGAAUUGGACUGUUACCCCCGCUUCUUGCAGUCGAACAUCUACCUCACACUCCUACAGAGCGCUCAGUAGGAACAUGCAGGUCAAGGAGACAUUCAGAGGGCAUUGACAAAAGCACACAGGAAUGCUCGAGGGAGAAAAAUAAAAAAAACAAGCACGAGAUCAUGAACUGUACCUUAAAAAUAAUAUAAAACCAAUUAAAAAUGAAUCAUGAUAAAAUAGACAGAACUUCUUUCCUGCUCUUGAGUUAACAUGAUAGAAUUAAAUAAUGUAGUGGUUUAAAUGAACCGAGGGAAUGAAAAGCCGAUGUUUUCUUUACACUGUAGCACGUCUGGUAUCCAACUCGCCUCAGCAGUCUUAGGCUAGAUAAAGUGUGCACUAACUUGUAAUCAUUAUCUAAGACAUUAGCUCCUGUCUGGCUUCAGUGAGCAAGAGCAGAGCGGUGUGGCGUGGCGUUGCUUACACAAAGCAACAAAUGGCUAGGCGGGAUUGCCCUCCUCUCGAAGGGUGAGCGCAGCAACAUCGUGACAUUUUCCCUGGAAUUCCUUCCUACCUGAUUCAACGAUCAUGUUUGGCAGAAGACCAGUGGAGGUUGUAAAGCGACCCAAGGCGCCAGGCCUGUGUAUAGAAUCCCUCACAGUUGUUUAUGUCUCUAUCGGUUUGGAAAUAUUUUGAAAUAAAUCACCUUUUAUAAAGCGUCUGACGUCUAAACAGAAGUCCAAGGAUGUUUUAUUGUUUCUGAUUCUUCUACAUUAGUGUCUUUUAUGGAGUAUCAAACAUGGCUGCAAGUGAACACAAGUUUGCAAGGAUUCCUGAUUGUGUGAAAGCUGGAAAUGCGCUUAUUCACAGCAUGAAAUCCCACUCGGACAUGCCGUCGGAUUUGUCGUUGAUAUGAUGUGGAAGAGUUUUGUUUUCUUCGCUGUAGAAAUCUUAUUAGUAGUAUUUUUCGAUGAAAAACUGAGGACCUUUUGACAUCUGUCUUUCAAUGCUUUGGACACCGGUACGAUCGUGUGACAUUGGUUAAAAAUAAAUAAAAAUAAAGUUGA